AUGCUGCGGCGAGGCUUCGUCUCGGCACUCCCACCCCUCCGCACAGGGGUCGGGCGGCCAGCUUACACUUCGUUACGCGCACUCUCCACCUCGACCGCACUCCUGCGACGCGGCGACGACGAGGACAGAGUCCCGCGCGGCCAUGUACGUCCCCAGCGCGGCGGUCGCAGGCAAUACGAGCGUAUCGACCCCAACGAGUACUACCGCCAGCACCCGAACCAGAAUCCCGAACAGCAGAACGCCAGUGUCCCUCCGCGCGCGUUUGGCGGGUUUGCCCAAGGACCGAGCUUGGGCGGCGGUGGGCCGUGGGGGGACGCCGCACCGGACAUGAUGGGUACCUACUCGCCGUCGGCCGUCGUCGUCCCGCAAGACCCGCAGGGUGUGCUGGUCGAUUCGCAUGCGGCGUAUGACCUGUUGGCGCACGACGCGCUUAUUGUUGUCCGACAGCUCGAGAUGCUCAACGUGUUCAUGGGCUUUGAGCAAGCGAAUAAAUACGCACUUUACUCUGCAGAUGGCAACGUCGUCGGAUUCUUGGCCGAGGAAGACCGCAGUUUCCUGAGCACAUUCCAGCGCCAGUUCAUGCACACGCACCGCCCGUUCAAGUCGGUCGUGAUGGACAAGUACGGCAAGCCCGUGCUCUGGAUCCGUCGCCCAUUCCAGUUCAUCAAUUCGCGUAUCAAGGUGCACUCGGGCGAGCAGGAGGACGGCCGCAUUGUCGGCGAGACGCAGCAGCAGUGGCACCCGUGGCGGAGACGGUAUAACCUCUUCCAGGCGCGCCCAGACGAUGUCAUGUCGCAGUUUGGUCGUGUCGACGCUGGGUUCCUCGCAUGGGACUUUUGGAUCAAGGACAGGGAUGACCGCCUCAUCGCCACGAUCAACCGCAACUUCCGAGGUAUCGGCCGCGAGCUGUUCACCGACACGGGCCAGUAUGUCAUCCGCUUUGACGCGGCCGGCACCGAGCUCGACCUGCCCCCCGGAUCAGAGGUCACGGUCCAGGGCCAGAAACUCAUUUUGCCAGACAGCAGCUCGGACGGUCUGACGCUCGACCAGCGUGCCAUGGCGCUUGCCACGGCUGUCUCCAUUGACUUUGACUACUUUUCGCGUCACUCGGGCAGCGGCGGUUUCGGCCUCCCCUUCUUCUUCUGGGGCGGCGGUGACGGGUCGUCCGAGGCCCAGCGCGGCGGCACGGGUGAGGCCGGCGUGGGUGCUGCUGGAGGCGCGGCCGGCGCCGCUGGAGCCGCAGGCCAGGCGUACCCGGACUCGAUGAGCGACGACGAGAUCUACGGCCGCCAGCCUGGCGGUCCCGCGCAGGACCCUCCUGUGCCGGGCCAGCAGGCUGAAGGCUUUGAUUACCCCGCGUCCGAGGGCAAUGGCUACGACGAGGUCAUGGAGGACCCCUGGGAGACGGGAGCGAGCGACGACAGUGGUGGCGGGCUGUUUGGCGGUGGUGGCGAUGGGGGAAGCUGGGGCGACUGGAGCUAG